GGCUAUGUCAUUGUGUGGCAGUGCUCAGUGGAUGUGGGGUCAUAUGUGUCUUCUUCAAUUCGUUGCAUCAUAUCCUUCUCCAACUUCCACAGGUGUAUCAAUGUCAUCAUGUCCUCCACAGUGGCUGCUGUGUCUCUGAUUUUCAAAUUUCACAGCACUGUUGUGAUGAAUUUCAUCACAGUGGAUUACAUCUUCUGUGCAUAUCUGAAGCUAACCCUCAAGCUAAUGUCCAUGGUUAAUGCAGGUUCUUUGUACUUCAAGCUAUUCAGAUUCAAAACAAUGUGCACUCUGGAAAAGUAUGUGGAACAUGGGUUU